AUGGAAAAGGCCAUAAUUACGCCUUACAUUCAGCAGCGGCCCAGCACGAAAAGACCUUAUUCAUCCCUGCGAACGGCACUGGCUCUCAGUUUGUUGGUUGUCUGUGUGUACACAGGGCUCUUUACUCGGACCCUUGACGCAAAGAGCUCUUUUGCAAAAGUUCCUAUCAACGCACCCCAAAUCAUCCGGAAAUGCUCCACUCUUAAUGUUAUCCCUGGCCCACCUUCAGACUUUGGUUCUCGAAAGAAAUCUGAUCGUUACGUCCCUGGAACAAAUCCGACAUUGAUAAAAAAUGCCACUAUCUGGACAGGGAAUGUUCAAGGGCUAGAGAUAAUUCUAGGUGACUUGCUCUUGGACAAGGGCAUGAUUCAAGCAGUAGGAGAAAUCCCCGGUCAUUUAUUGAACACGUAUCACCAUCUUUCAGUUAUCGAUGCCAAUGGUUCUUGGCUCUCUCCUGGAAUUGUAGAUUUGCACUCUCACCUCGGCGACCAAUCUUCCCCAAAGUUAAGUGGCUCAGCAGACACAAAUUCAAGGAAAGGCCUUGUCCAACCUUGGCUACGCUCCCUCGACUCCCUGAACACUCACGACGAUGCCUACCAGCUCUCUAUAUCCGGCGGAGUGACCACAGCAGUAAUUCUUCCGGGCUCAGCAAACGCUAUUGGUGGUCAAGCAUUCGUUAUCAAACUUCGUCCCACAAAAGAACGGUCUUCAUCGUCUAUGCUCCUUGAGCCUCCCUUUACCUUUAAUGGCACCGGGAUUGAAGAAGUGCAACCUCCGCGCUGGAGACAGUUAAACCAGUAUCCUUGCUCUGGCAAACAUCCAUGUCGCGUUUACUCUGGUACCCGAAUGGAUACAAUUUGGGCAUAUCGCCAGGGUUAUGAAGAGGCCAGGAAACUAAAGGUAAAGCAGGAUGCAUACUGUGAAAAGGCUAGCGGGGCUGUUGCAGGUCACUGGGAUAACAUCGGGGAUUUUCCCGAGGACCUUCAGUGGGAAGCACUAGUUGAUGUUUUGAGAGGAAAAAUUCAAAAUCAUUGCUAUGAAGCCGUUGAUUUGGACGGAAUCGUCCGCCUAACCAACGAAUUCAAGUUCUCAAUUGCCGCUUUCCAUCAUGCCCACGAAACAUAUCUGGUUCCCGAUUUAUUGAAGAAAGCCUAUGGUCAAACGCCUGCUGUUGCACUGUUCGCCACAAAAGCUCGCUAUAAACGUGAAUCGUACCGAGGCUCCGAGUUUGCACCUCGUAUCCUGGCUGAAAAUGAAAUUCAAGUUGUGAUGAAGAGCGACCAUCCAGUCCUUAAUUCACGUUUCCUUCUGCAUGAGGCCCAACAAGCCCAUUAUUUUGGUCUGACCAGCAACCUUGCAUUGGCUUCUGUCACCUCGACCCCGGCACAAACAAUGGGACAAGGGCACCGUAUUGGCUUUAUCCGGAAAGGUUAUGAUGCAGAUGUAGUUCUAUGGGACAGUCACCCAUUAGCCAUUGGCGCUACCCCAAAGCAAGUUUUCAUUGAUGGUAUCGCUCAACUGGGAAGUCCAUUUGUUCGACCUAAAUCCAAGGCUUUGCAACAUGCUCCCGAAACUCCGAAUUUCGAAGAAGAGAAGAAAGCUGCACUCGAAUUCGAUGGCCUGCCUCCGCUUGGGCCAAAAGAAUCAGUCUCAGACGUUGUCAUCUUCCAAAACUUUGACACUUUGUUCAUGGACAUGGGAAACGGUGUGAAGCAGGUUUUUGCGAAAGACCAUCUGGGUGCACCGCAGAUCGCGGUUGUGCAAAAUGGCAAACUCAACUACAUCGGGGCUUCUGAGGGUUAUUCUUCAAACUUGACGAUGACCCCGCGGACGGUCGAUCUGCUUGGAGGCUCCUUGGCUCCUGGCCUCCUCAGCUAUGGGAGCCGUCUUGGCCUGGUACACAUCGCUGGCGAAGCAACGACUCAAGAUGGUGAAGUCUUUGACAUUCUCACAGAUAAAGUUCCCAGUGUUCUGGGACGUAAUGCGGCUGUCAUUCGAGCUGUGGAUGGUUUACAAUUCACCACCAGGGAUGCCCUUCUGGCUUAUCGAAGUGGUGUCACGACGGCAGUUACUGCACCGUAUUCCUCGGGCCUUCUGGCUGGCUUAAGCACAGCAUUUAAUACAGGUGCUGCCCAUAAACUGAUAGAUGGAGCAAUAAUGCAGGAUGAAGUGGCUCUUCAUGUUUCUCUGUCUCUGUCUUCUUCCGUUAGUGUCAGCACACAAAUUGCAAUGCUCAGAAGACUACUUUCUGGCGGUGCAAGAGGUGACCUUGAGUUGCAGAUUUCAAAGGUUUUGGAGGGCAAGAUACCUCUGGUCGUUGAUGUCCAUAAUGCAGACAUCAUGGCCUCGUUGAUUCAGCUCAAGUCUGACAUUCAAGAACAAACGAAGUCCGUCAUUCAAAUGACAUUUGCUGGAGCAUCCGAAGCACACCUAUUGGCCAGGGAGAUUGGUGCUGCAAGCGUUGGUGUCAUUGUUUCCCCAAUUCGGCCAUUCCCGUCUUUCUGGGACAUGCGCAGAAUUUUACCUGGACCACCUUUGACCCAGUAUAACGCCAUAUCCACCUUACUGGCCAACAAUGUAACUGUUGGUGUUGGUGUUGAAUCCGACGGGGCAUGGGCCGUGAGGCAUACAAGAUUUGAUGUUAGCUGGGCCGCUAUUGAGGCUGGUGGCCACAUCUCUAGGGAAGAAGCCAUUGCGUUGGCUUCUUCCAAUUUGGAGAAACUGUUGGGACUAGCUUCUGGAACUGUUUCUUCGAGUUUAGUUGCGACUACGGGCGGGACUAUACUUGACUUCGAGUCCAAAGUGGUAGCCGUUGCAUCUGCCGAGCGAGGAGUGGUUGAUCUAUUCUAA